AUGUACGCCAAAAGCACCCUCACCAUCUCCCAGGCAAUCCUGGUCCUCCUCUCCCUCACCCACCACACCCUCGGCCAGGGCACACAAUUCAUCACAGGCCCCUGCACCUCCGACGCCGACUGCGCGUCCUCUUGCUGCGGCUUCAACUCGGGCAAAUGCGCCGGUCCAGUCAUCGCCCAGACCCGCGACGGAGGGUGCGGCUUCGGCGACGCCCAGCCCAACGACAUUGCAGCCCAGGCAUUCUUUGCAUCCCAGUCGGCCGGCAUGGCGGGAGCGGAAGCGACAUCACCAGCAACUGCCGCGGCGGCUCCUGCUGCCAUGAACACUGCAGCGGCGGGUGGCAGCAGUGGCGGCGGCGGCAACGUCGGCACAGGCACUCAAUUCAUCACGGGGGCAUGCACCAGUGACGCGGACUGCGCGAGUGGAUGCUGUGGCUUCAACUCAGGCAAAUGCGCCGGCGCUAUCGUCGCCCAAGAACGUGACGGCGGGUGCGGUUUCGGCAACGCCCAACCCAACGACAACGCCGCCCAGCUUCUACGUGGCGGACAGCCAACUUCGCCAGCAGCCGGCAGUGAUACAUCAUCGUCGGGGUCGUCAUCAUCGUCAUCAUCGUCAUCGUCGUCAUCGUCUGGCUCAGGUACUGCUGGCUCAAGCACCGGCUCAGGCGCCAGCACGUCCUCGAGCGGCGCCAUCGACACCUCCAUCCCCGGCUCCGCAAACGUCGGCAAAGGCGACGCCAGCCAAUUCAUCACGGGCCAAUGUUUCAGCGACGCCGACUGCGCGAGCGGAUGCUGCGCCUUCAACACGGGCAAAUGCGCGGGCGCGAUCAUCGCGCAGACGCGCGACGGCGGGUGCGGGUUCGGGGAUGCCCAACCGAACGAUAAUGCGGCCAAGGCGUUGACUGGGGGCGCGAAGGCCAGGAGGGGGGCGAGGAGGAACGUCAGGGAGUAUAUGGCUUAG